GUCAUGGCGCUCUGCCGCAUACCUACGCAGUAAUUAUUUCCUGUUAGAUAUUUGACGCGCUGGUCUACUCCGCUGCAAAUUCACAAUGAGGACUAGCUUAGGAUAGAGCCGUUUGAGUAGCGCAAACCGCUUAUGCAGCAUAGUAGAGAGCUGAUGCUUUAUAUGACCCUCAACUCUGUCCUGCCGUUUCUUCUUUUCUCUUUGCUGGCAGACAAUUUUUACUACUGCAACCAAGUCACUCGUUAAAUUUUAUGGUUCACACGUUCAUUAUGACUAGUCAAUCACUCAAAUCCCUGGCUUCGGCCAUCCUCAUUGCCGCGGCUGUAGUUUCUGCUCAGGACAAUUGCUUUACAGAGCAAUCACCUAACCUGCUCUUGAAUCCUUCCUGGGAAGAGGGCAUGAAUGGUUGGAAUUACGUUUACCCUCGUACUAUCAGUACUUCGGAGAGCACAGAAGGCAGUUCUUCAUUGAUGACAAGUGGCAUAUAUCCCUUUCAAACUAUCACUCAAGCCGUGGGCAAUCUCGUGGUUGGGACCGAAUAUGAAGUAUCUGUUGACUUCAAGGUUGCAAUUACAAAUAUUGCUAUCACCGAAAGCUGCGCCAUUUAUAUAUUCCAUGACUCCCUAUCCGCUGCAAACCUCAUUCAGUCGAAGGUAGCUCCCUACAAUCUAAACACUGUCCAAUGGAACACGCUGGGUGAUAAAUUUACUGCCACAAGUACCAGUAUGACCGUUGGCUUCUAUGUCGUCUGCUCGCCGUAUAGAAUCCCCCAGAUUGCUAUAUAUCUCGACAAUGCUGUUCUCAGAGGCCCUGAAACAAUUAUCUGCCCAGUUCCGGAACCUUCGCCAACCCCUGAGACUAGUUCUACACCAGCUGUCACGCCCUCAUCUGCGCCACCGGACUCUGUGCUGCCAACGUCAAGCAACCCACUGCCGACACCAUCAUCAGGGCCUUCAUCCUUUUCAUUAAGUUCUUAUUUGACGUCCUCAUUCAGCUUUGCUGCUUCUAGCAGUCUGACUCCUUCAAACACACCAUCGGCUACGCCUUCGUUGGGACCUUCAUCCGCCCCGGCAAAUUCCUUACCAGCAAUACCGUCUAUUUCGAAUACACCAUCGAUUACCCCGUCAUCUGGCCCAUCGUUCACUCCUUCGUCGAGACCUUCAUCCGCCCCAGCAAACUCCUUCCCAGCAAUACCAUCUAUUUCAAAUACACCAUCAAUCACCCCUUCGUCUGGUCCAUCGGUGACUCCUUCGUCGAGACCUUCUUCCAAUCCGGGCAACUCCUAUCCUGUACCUCCGUCUAGUCAUCCAGUUUCCAGCUAUCCUAGCCCUUCAAACGCGCCCUCGUCUACACCUUCGCCAGUUCCAUCAAAUGCUGCGUCAUCAGGACCUUCUUCCAAUCCUUCAGCAGGUCCUUCUUCCAACCCGGGUAGCUCCUAUCCUAUACCUCCGUCUAGCCAUCCAAUUUCCAGCUAUCCCAACCCUUCAAACGUACCCUCCUCUAUACCUUCGCCAGCUCCGUCAAAUGCUGCAUCGUCAGGACCUUCAUCCCAUCCUUCGGCAGGUCCUUCUACUCCUGCCGGAUCUUAUUCUAUACGUCCGUCUAGCUAUCCAGUAUCCAGCAACCCCAUCCCUUCAAAUACGCCCUCGCCUACGCCCUCGCCAGUUCCAUCCAAUGCUGCAUCAUCAGGGCCUUCUUUCAGCCCUUCAGCAGGACCAUAUUCCAACCCGGGAAGUUCCUAUCCUGGACCUCAAUCUAGCCAUCUAGUCUCCAGCUAUCCUAACCCUUCGAACGUACCUUCAUCUACACCUUCGCCAGCUCCGUCGAAUUCUACACCAUUAGGAACUUCAUCCCAUCCUUCAACAGGUCCUUCGUCUACUCCCGUCGGAUCUCACCAUAUCUUGACAUCUAGUCAAUCGGUUUCUAGUUAUCCUACUCCCUCCAAUACGCCAUCAUCUCUACCUUCGCCAGUCCCAUCGAAUUCUGCAUCUUCAGGACCUUCGUCCCAUCCUUCGACAGAACCAUCUUCCACUCCCGCCGUAUCUCACCCUGUCUUACCGUCCAGCCAGCCAAUCUCCAAUUAUCCUACUCCUUCCAACGCGCCAUCAUCUACGCCUUCACCGACACCAUCGAGCAAUGCUUCACCAGGGCUUUCAUCCAGUCCUUCAGCAAGCCCAUCUCACAAUCCAGGAGUCUCUUACCCCGCCUUACCAUCAAGCUACCUCGGAUCCAACCACCCCUCUCCCUCAGCCAUUCCUUCCGGCACACCUUCGUCUAGCGUACCAUCGUAUCCCCCGUCUAGCUCGUCUCCCUCAGGAUACAUUCACUCAAGUUAUCCCCACACGCAACCGUCCUACCCAACAGCGACCCCAACCAGGAGGCCGUGCAUAAGCGAGAGACGCAGACAGCGCAAGCACGUAAAGAAUUAGUACCAUCUCAACGGGAGCU